AUGUCUGUGCCUGCUGACCCGCCUCCGCCGUACGACGACGCGCUUAGUGUGCCACAGGUGCACAGUGCAGACAUAUCAUUGUCAGGGCACAGUGAAGACGCUUUAUCACAAACAUCGGCGUCUUUUUCUGUCCCUCCCCCACCUCCUUCUGUCCCUCCACGCCCCGCGGCGGGGGUUCCUGUCCAGAUCCCUAGCAUCUCCGAUCCGAUCCGACCCCUUCCCACCGUGACUGCGCAGUUCGGAAAACCGCUAUUGCGCGAUGAAAACUUGCUCGUAUAUCCCAAAGGCUGGAUACGAUGCGAACGGUGCGGAAAUACAGGCUUCAAAGCGAGCGAUCCCGAACGGCCGUGCAAACGCUGCUGGCGAAAGUAUGGGCGCACGUACAAGGGCGUGCUGAAGCAGGCAUUUGAAUCCAACGAACAAGCGCCGUCUAUUUUACAAGACGUGGUCUUGCAGGCGCCGAUUCGCCGCACAUCAUACAUUCCCGCGCACCCUACGCCUGUGCCGGCAGACUGGGGAACGGCCCGUCCUAUGUACCCGCAGCAACCUGCGUAUGCGCAGCUUACGCCGCAAGGGAAUGUACAAAAUUACUCGCAGUAUCCUACAAACGUUGCAGCGCGGCCGCCCGCGCGCCCGGAAGUAUUCCCUGAAGACGCGCACCAAUCUGUGCCGCCGACGUAUCACCUUGCCAGCACGACGGCAAACGAAAAGCCGCUGUCGGACCAGCAAUACCCCAAUGCACGGCCACCGGUGCAGCCCCAAGCGCCACAUCCGCCCCAGCCCAUCGAUCGGUCCGUCGGCGGAUUGGUACGGCUAUAG